UGGUGGUUGGCUGGGUGGGGGGGGGGGGAACCGGCUCAAGGACUGGGAGGGGGAUCUAGGGAAUAGCAGGAGCCCCUGGAGGCUGGAAGGGCAAACUCUAAGUCCUAGCCCCAGCUUUACUCUUGCCUUGGCUCGGUGUCUUCAUCUGCACUAUGGUAAGAACCCUCCUGCCCCAGCUACCUUGCCAAGAGAAAGGGCUUCCGGAAAGCAAAAAUGAGCCAUGAAUUGAGGUGGGGGGACCAGAAGGGUAGAAACUGAAGUGGAGGGGGGAAGCCUGCCCAUCCCAAGUUUUUGCCAGGUGAGGAUGGAGCAGGAAAGGGGCAAGCCUAGAGUCUGGAUUGCCUCCACAGUCACUGAGCCAGCCAUGCCCGCUCCACUGCUGCCACUGCUGCUGCGAACGCUGAUGUCCCGCCUGCUGCUGCCUGUCGCCCGCAUGGCCCGCCGGCACCUCCUGCCCCUGCUGUGCCGCCUGGCCCGCCGCCUGGGCUCACAGGAUGUUCGAGAGGCCUUGCUGGGCUGUGUGCUGUUCGUCCUCAGCCAGAGACGCCCGCCCGACGCGGAGGUGGCCUCCAGAGUGGCCGGCCAGGAGAGGAGGGAGAGGCUAGCUCCCCCCAAAUGAGGCUGGGAUCCCUGAUAUUGGCUGUUUCACCGAAAGCCUUUCUUUUGGAGUAUGACAGUCCUGGCACCAUCACUGAGUGCAGCCUACCCAGUGUGCGGAAGACACGGUGGGGGGGGCUGAGCACAAGAAGGGUCUGACCCGGAAAGCCUCCCCACUCCCAAAAGGAAUGUCUGGAAGGACGCCCAGCAUCGAGCAGAAAACUGAUCAUUACCCCUCCCUGAAUUCCUCCUCCCAAGACACCUUUCCUAAUCACAUCUGGCUCUAGGGAGGGGAGGAAGUGACUCUCCUCCCCCAUCCCCAAAUGGUGACAUAAGGUCCAGUGAGGGACAGUGCUUACCCAGAGGUAACUGACAAUGUAUCUGAGAGGCGAGAUUUUAACCCAGACGGUCUGUCUUCAGACUCAGGAUUUACCUUGAAAUAACAGGACCUUGGUUCCCUAGGGAGUCGGUCUUGCCCCAAAGCCCAGCAUGCAGCAGGUGCUCAAUAAACGUUUGUUGAUUUGAGUUCUUGGGAUGCCAUUGAAAGUUGUG